AUAGCGAAGCACAAAACGCCCAAUGAUACUCUCAUCCUCUUCCCUUAUCACUUCAGCCAUUACUCCACCACAAAACCAUCAAUCUCUGAAUCUUCUUUCAAAAUGCAAGAACAUGGAAGAAUUCAAACAAAUUCAUGCUCAAAUGAUAAAAAACGGCCUCCACAAGUCCCAGUUUGCCUUAAGCAAGAUUCUCCAUUUUUGUGCUAUCAACAGUUAUGGCGACCUUUCAUACGCCCUUUCAGUAUUUGACACCAUUGAAGAACAGCCUGAUCCGAUCAUAUGGAACACAAUUAUCCGAGAAUCGACGGGAUAAACGAAGGGAAACAGAUUCAUGGACAUGUUUUGAAGCUUGGACUUGUUUACGAUGUGUUCAUUCACACCUCUUUGAUUAAUUUCUAUUCUCAAAGUGGAGAAUUGGACGAUGCAAGAUUAGUGUUCGAUAAAAGUCCUCUGAGAGACCCUGUUUCCUUCACAGCGUUAAUCACAGGGUGCAUAACUCGAGAGCGUUUCAAAGACGCUCGUAAACUGUUCGAUGAAAUGCCUCUUAGAGAUGUAGUGUCAUGGAACUCUAUCAUAGCUGGUCAUACUAAAAUCCAACGCUUCCAAGAGGCAAUAGAUCUAUUCAAAGAGAUGCAAAUCGCCAAAAUCAAACCCAAUGAGAGCACACUAGUGACAGUUCUUUCUGCUUGUGCUCAAUCAGGUUGUCUUACAACAGGUGAACACAUCAAAACUUUGAUCAUACACAAUAAACUUGAUUCAAACCUACGCAUUGUGAAUGCCCUAAUCGAUAUGUACUCAAAAUGCAAUGAGCUACACAAAGCUAGAAGCUUAUUUGAUAGCAUAAACAAUAAGAAUAUAAUCACAUGGAAUGUUAUGAUAGGUGGGUAUGCACAUACACACCAUUAUAAAGAAUCCAUGGACCUCUUUAGAAUCAUGUUACAAUCAAACCAUAAACCUAAUGAAGUCACAUUGUUGACAAUUCUUCCCACUUGUGCUCACAUGGGUGCACUUGAUCUUGGCAAAUGGAUCCAUGCUUAUAUCAACAAGAACAUUCCAGAAUCUUCUAACCCUUCUCUUUCCACUAGUCUAAUCGAUAUGUAUGCUAAAUGUGGAGACAUUGAAGCUGCAAAAUCAGUCUUUGAGAGUUUAAAACACAAAAGUUUAGCUUCAUGGAACGCGAUGAUUUCAGGGUUAGCCAUGCAUAGACAAGCCCACAAAGCCAUUGAACUUUUCAAGAAAAUGGUAAAUGACGGUUUCGCCCCCGAUGACAUAACCUUUGUUGGUGUUCUAUCAGCAUGUAGCCAUGGCGGAUUAGUCAACUCAGGUAGAGCUGGUUUGUUUGAAGAAGCCAUGGAUAUGAUCAAGAAAAUGGAAGUGAACCCAGAUGGUGCAAUAUGGGGUUCACUUCUCGGGGCGUGUACAUUUUACCAAAAUACCCUUUUGGGUGAAUUCUUUUUCAAGAAAGUUGUAGAAUUGGACCCCGAAAGCUCGGGUGCUCAUGUGAUGUUAUCAAAUCUUUAUGCUGCAAAUGGACAAUGGGAUGAUGUGGCAAGAAUAAGAACUAAAUUUAAAGAUGAUGGAUCAAAGAAAAUUCCUGGGUGUACUUCGAUUGAAAUAGAUGGUGUUGUUCAUGAGUUUCUUGCAAGUGAUAGAACACAUCCCAUGUGUGAUCAAAUCUAUGCAAUGCUGGAGGAAACUAAUCGGGUUCUUGAAAAGAGUGGGUAUGUUUUGGAUACAUCUUUAGUGCUUUAUGAUAUGGAUGAUGAAUGGAAGGAAGGGCAAUUAUGUCAACAUAGUGAGAGAUUAGCGAUUGCUUUUGGGUUGAUUGGUACUAAGCCAGGGACAACGAUUAGGAUAAUGAAGAAUUUGCGUGUUUGUAGUAAUUGUCAUUCUGCUACCAAGUUGAUUUCCAAGAUUUUUGAGAGGGAGAUUAUUGCUAGGGAUAGGAAUAGAUUUCAUCAUUUCAAAAAUGGGAUUUGUUCUUGUAUGGAUCAAUGGGACAUCACUGCUGUAGAGAUAACCAUGCCAAAGAAGAGACGAGAUCACUCAGCGUCCACCGAUAAGUCCCGGCGUUCUCCAUACAAAUGCAACACCAAAAACCCAUCAGCAAAAGAUCAAAAUCUAAAAGAAUGGGAAGAAGCUCGAUGCCCUGUAUGUAUGGAACACCCUCACAACGCCAUCCUUCUCUUAUGCUCUUCACACAACAACAAUUGUCGCCCUUACAUGUGUGACACAAGCCGCCGCCACUCCAAUUGCUUCAACCAGUUCCGCAAGUCCUUUGUAACUCCGGCCACCACCGUGGAACCACCGUCCACCGCCACAGUCCAGGAGUCAAAACUGGUAUGUCCGCUCUGUCGGGGACAGGUAAAAGGGUGGGUGGUGGUGGAAGCCGCCCGUGAAUUCAUGAACACGAAAUCAAGAAGCUGCUCAAGUGGAACGUGUGAGUUUUCCGGGACGUAUUCGGAUCUAAGGAGGCACGCGAGGGUGGUGCACCCUCUGGUAAGACCAUCGGAGGCGGAUCCUGGGCGGCAGCAGGACUGGCGGCGGCUGGAAAGCGAGAGGAAUCUUGGGGAUUUGUUGAGUAUACUUGAAUCAUCAAUGGAAUCUUGGGGAUUUUCUAUGACUACAAUUUUAAGACCGGGAAACGGUUCAGGCGUGGUUGAGUUCUUAGGGUUUUGUAUCUUCUUGAGUGAUUUGUUAUUGAGAGUAGAAUAUAUAGCAUUCUUCGUUGAAUCAAAGGAGAUCAGUGCUGUAGAGAUAACAAUGCCAAAGGUGAGACGAGACAACUCGGUGUCCACCGAUAAGUCCCGGCAUUCUCCAUACAAAUGCAACACAAAACCAGUCAUUCAAAGCGAUCAGAAAAAGAUCAAAAUCUGA